UGCAGUGCCGGGAGGAGGCUGCGGGCGCCGCUGUUGACCGAGAGGAGCGAGAGGAAGCUCGGAGCGCUGCAGCCCCGCCCGCUGCGGACCCGCUCGAUCACUCGCUCGCUCCCUCUCAGGGUGGGCGACAGAGCGGUCUCCGGUCGUCCCCGUGGUGCGGAACCGCGCCGCGGAGAGGUCGCAGUGCUGGAAGAACUGAGCGGUGGAGUGAGCAGCGAGGAGAAGCCGACGUGUUUGCAGCGCUGCUACCGAGAUGUGCGCGGCGGGGAGGCGCUGGGGCCGGCGGCAGCGAGCUCUGCUCUGGGUGAUGCUGCUGGCGGCGUGGGAGGCGGCGUGGGGGCAGCUGCGCUACUCGGUGCCCGAGGAGAUGCCCAAGGGCUCGUUCGUGGGCGACGUGGCCAAGGACCUGGGGCUGCAGUUGUCGGCGCUAAGCGACCGUGGCUUUCGCUUAAUAGAGAGAGGUAGGACUCAGUAUUUCGCUCUGCAGGGGAAGACGGGACAUUUAGUGACGGCGGAGAGAAUCGACAGAGAGGAGCUGUGCGAGAGUGUUCAGCAAUGCGUGCUGCGCUGUGAGCUGAUAGUGGAGGGGGAAAUGAAGUUUUAUGAAAUAGAAGUGGAAAUCAUGGACAUAAACGACAACGACCCCAGCUUCCAAGAGACAGAAAAAGAAUUGAGGGUGAGCGAGACGACAGCUCCGGGAUCGCGAUUUCCCCUCCGAGAAGCACAAGACGCAGAUUUAGGACCGAAUUCCCUGCAGAGCUACGAGCUGAGCGGUGACGAGCACUUCUCGCUGGCCGUGCAGGCGGGCCCCGGCGGCGAUCAGCGUCCCGAGCUGGUGCUGGCGAAGGCGCUGGACCGGGAGGAGGCGGCGUUUCACGAGCUGGUGCUGAGGGCGAUGGACGGCGGCGAUCCGGCACGGACGGGCACGGCUCGGAUCCGAGUGACGGUGCUGGACGCGAACGACAACGCGCCCGUGUUCAGCCAGGCGGAGUACACGGUGCGUGUGCCCGAGGACGUGCCCGUGGGCUCCGUCCUCGUCACCGUUAGUGCCAAUGACGCGGAUGAGGGUCAGAACGGGCAGGUGAAGUACAGCUUCCAUAAGAUUUCAGACCGGGCUUCAGAACUUUUCCACCUGGACUCUGAGUCAGGAAAAAUAACUGUUAAAGGUGGUUUGGACUUCGAGAAAGUCUCCUCCCACGAACUGGAGGUGCAGGCACAAGACGGAGGAGAGCUUUUUGACACAAUGAAAGUUUCUAUCUUGGUGACCGACGUCAAUGACAAUGCGCCCGAGAUUUCGAUACGAUCAGCUCUGAGUGAGAUUUCUGAAGACUCACCGUCAGGGACGGUGGUAGCCCUGUUACACGUGCAGGACAAGGACUCGGGACCGAAUGGCGAGGUGCGCUGCUCCAAGAAAAUCACUGAGAAAGCCUCGCAGAUUUUUCAGCUGGAUGCCGACAAAGGAGCGAUUAGUCUGCUUCGUAACCUUGACUUCGAGGAGGGCGACUCCUACAAACUGGAGGUGCAGGCACAUGAUGGGGGGGGCCUUUUUGACACGACGAAUGUCGUGGUUACCGUGACCGAUGUGAACGACAACGUGCCCAUACUCAGUGUGUCAUCGGCGCUGAAUGAGAUCCCUGAGGAUGCCCCGUCAGGGACCGUGAUAGCCCUGCUACACGUUGAGGACCAGGACUCGGGGACGAAUGGUAAGGUCCGGUGUUUCCUCGACGAAGGCGUCCCUUUCCGACUGGAGAAAUCCUUCGAAGACUACUACCGCGUAGUGACAGCGAGAGAGCUGGACCGAGAGCAGGUGUCGGAGUACAACGUGACGGUGCGGGCGGCCGACGGCGGGUCGCCGGCGCUGCAGAGCAGCGCGGUGCUGGCGCUGCGCGUGCUGGACGUGAACGACAACGCGCCGGUGUUCGCGGAGGAGCGCUACAGCGCGCGGCUGGCGGAGAACAACGCGGCGGGCGCGCUGGUGCUGACGGUGCGCGCGACGGACGCGGACUGGGGGCAGAACGCGCGCGUGCGGUACCGGCUGUCGGAGGGGCGGGUGCGGGGCGCGCCGCUGUCGUCGUACGUGUCGGUGCAGGCGGAGACGGGCGCGCUGUACGCGCUGCGCUCCUUGGACUACGAGCAGGUGCGCGAGCUGCGGCUGUGGGUGCGUGCGGAGGACGGCGGCGCGCCGGCGCUGAGCAGCAACGUGUCGGUGCUGCUGCUGGUGGUGGACGAGAACGACAACGCGCCGCAGGUGCUGUACCCGCCGCCGGCCGCGCUGCGGGCGGGCUCGGGCUCGGGCUCGGGCGUUGCGUGGUCGGGCGUGGAGCUGGCGCCGCGCUGGUCGGAGGCGGGCGCGCUGGUGGCCAAGGUGGUGGCGGUGGACGCGGACGCGGGUCAGAACGCGUGGCUGUCGUACGAGCUGGCCAAGGCCACGGAGCCGGGGCUGUUCCGCGUGGGGCUGCACAGCGGCGAGGUGCGCACGGCGCGCUCGCCGCUGGCCCGCGACGCGGCGCGCCACAGCCUGGUGGUGGUGGUGAAGGACCACGGGCGGCCGGCGCUGUCGGCCACGGCCACGCUGCAAGUGGUGCUGGCCGAGAGCGUGGCCGAGCUGCUGGCCGAGCUGGGCAGCGCGGCCGACGAGGCGGCGGCGCCGGGCGAGCCGGCCGUGAGCCUGACGCGCUGGCUCGUGCUGGCCGUGGCCGCCGUGUCGUGCCUCUUCGUCGCCUUCCUGCUGCUGCUGCUGGCGCUGCGCCUGCGCCGCUGGCGCCGCCAGCAGCUGCUGCCGCCCGACAGCGGCGCCUUGCGCGGCGUGCCCGUCUCGCACUUCGUGGGCAUCGACGGCGUGCGCGCCUUCCUGCAGUCCUACUCGCACGACGUGUCGCUCACGGCCGACUCGCGCAAGAGCCAGCUGCGCUUCUCGGCCGGCGGCAGCUGCUGCGACACCCUCCCGGCCCGGCCACUGCCCGACGAGCCCGCGCCGCUGCUCGGCGACGAGGACCCUGCCGGCGCCCUCCUGUCGGAUCCCGCAGCUCCCUCGGUGAGUUGCUUUCUCCACAUUUUCUCCACCACACUUUCUCCUGUUGCUGCCGUGCCCUUUCCCCUCAGUGUCCUCUGGCUUGCAUAG